AUGUAUGACUAUGCCCGAGAAAACGUAAAAGACAUGGAGAAGGCAGAAGAAAUUGAGUCGCACAAGACCAAAUCGCUAUUGCACUUGCUGUGGUGGUUUGACUCUUUGACCUUGAUCCAAUAUUUCGCGAUGCUCGCCAGCCUUCCACCGGAGCUCAUUAUUAAGAUUGCAAACAUCUCCCUCGUAGGUGCCAACGCAAUAGUAACGUUGAUCCUCACGCAUUUUGCAUUUCAUUCCAAGUCCGAGCUCAUGAGUCGACUAUUCGAGCAGGUUAUGCUCCUUCCUUGCAUCAAGCACCUAACACUAUCUGAGUGGGGCAAGAAAAUCUUUAAUCUGUUUAGAACGCACCCGGGGUGGGCCUUCCCUGUUCUGGAGAAGUUGGACUUGAGGUCCCUCAGUUGCCUUAGUCACGGAGACCAAAGGGAUCUCAUGGAGUUCCAGGAGAUGAUCGGUCUCAUAGCGAAGGGUUCUCCCAGCUUAUCGACACUCUUUAUUGAAGUGAGAAUGGAGGGGCCUGAGCUGGACAAACCAGAACGAGGCAGUUGA